AUGAAUAGCUCCAUAGUCUUGCCGUAUUGGGAGAACGCAUCAGUGCAAGAGAUGAUCCAAGGCGGCAACUGUUAUAUACUUGAAAAUUUAGACUUCGCAAAUUUAGGCCUGGAGCUGCAGUCGUGGGGGGAGCUGAAAACACUAUCCUCCGUGUGUGACACCACAACUAUAAUCAGACGUGUGUUCUUUUGGCUGCCUUUAGUUAUCGGAAUUCCCGCAAAUAUUCUGGCACUACUGACCAUUCUGAGAUUUCCAAGAACUACAGGGACUUUUUACCUAACACUGCUGACGAUAUUUGACUUGAUGGCUCUGGUGACAAAGGCGAUAAAUGUUGCAAUGUUGACUUUUAUCUUUUUCGAGUCUAUCAGCUGUAAGUUGAUAAUAAUGUUGACAACUUUUACAAGCACCUAUGCAAACUGGGUACUUGUGUUGAUUUGUUUCGAACGAUAUAUCACUGUUCUGUUUCCGCUGAAGAAGAAUUUUUACUUUACUAUGAAUCGAGCUCGUCUAGUUGCUAUCAUUGCUGCUGUGAUUAUUUUCUUGUUUUGUUCAGUGUAUUUAUGGAUCGUCAUAGCUGAUGGUGGAUGUGUGGGAAAUGACGAGGAUUUCUACAAUAAAUGGGUCCAUGUGACGACGGUUCUGUACAGCUAUCUCCCUGCAGUUCUGCUAAUCAUCAUGGUGUUGCUGAUUUGGAGGGAGCUGAAGAAGAUUCAGAAAGUCAGGGAGUACAUAUUCUGCGGAGAAGAAGGAACCAACUCUGCGGCUCUCACCCAGCAAAGAUUACAAGAACAAGCUAAAACAGAACGUGGUAUUACUAUGAUGCUUUUGUUUGCGGCAGUUACAUUUGUAAUCAUGACUGUUCCAAUAUGCGUGGUUCUGGCGGUGGACAGCACUGGAAUCACCAAACAAUCAAUCUUCGGUCGAGUUUAUUUUAGACUGUUUUACACUAUUGCAGGAGGUCUUGUUACCUUAACACACGCUGUUAACUUUUUUAUUUACUUUAUUUCCACAGAAAGGUUCAGAGGCCAUUUCCGGCAGCUUUUUCGUUGCUUACCAUACGACAACAGAGACACUUAUCAUGAGAGAACUGUGAACACAUUUGAGGAACAGCUAUAG